GACAGCAAGGGCUACCGGAAAUUGGAGAAGUCAAUGUUCAUACCGCUGGGGUGGAAACUGCCCAAGUGUAAUAUGAGGAGCUGCUCCUCCAGUUUCCGGUGGUGCUCGCUCUGGCCAUGGAGGAGGCCCAGGAAAGAGAGGUCGGAUUCGGAAUGGGAGGGGGAGUUGAAGUGCUGAGCCACCGGGAGAUCAGGGUCGGACGCCACGUUGCUCCCCUCCCCGUGGGGCAAGGACGAGCACGGGAUGUCCUGGAUGAGGAAGGGAGCAGGUGAGCAGCGGUUCCUCUACUGCAGGGUGGGAAUCGGAUUCCACCUCCAGAUACUUCCCAGUGGCCGAGUCAACGGGACCCACGAGAGCAGUCAGUACGGUGUCAUGGAGUUCUUCUCCAUCCAGGUUGGCAUCGUCUGCAUUCGGGCCGUGGCCAGUCAGCUGUUCCUCGCCAUCACCAGCCGGGGCAAGCUCUACGGUUCAGAGACCUUCAGUGAGGACUGCCUGUUCAAGGAGCAGAUGGAGGAGAAUUACUACAACACGUACUCGUCGCACACGCACCCGCGCCUGUACGUGGCGCUGACCAAGCGAGGAGCGGCCAAGAUAGGAAGCAAGGCCCGCAUGCACCACGCCAGCACCCACUUCAUCCCGCGGCCGAUCAAGGCCUCGUGACCAAGGCUGACCUGACCGCUCGCUCCUCAUCACCACAGGCCCGACUGACAGUGUCAGUAACCCACGCACCCCUUUAUUUAAACCUCCACCCUUGGCUGUCGGGGGCUGCAAGCUCACACACUGAGAGAAGGAAGAAGGACAUUACUCUCUGUCUGCAGAGAAUAGUUGGAUCGUAUUUAACUCUCAGUUUGCUCUGGUGGUGGGGAUCUGAAAGACUUUGGCCGCUGUACUCGAGGGGCAGGAGCCAGGGAUCCGGGGACCUGCAAUCCCACCCGUGUGGGGAAGGGGCAGGGACUGCACCAACUUGCAUUGUUCUACUGACACAAAGUUGCUUGAUCUAACACUUGGCACAACACUGCAGGAAGCAGACCAUCGACAUGCAUGGCGGCUCGGUUUGGGAACAGUUCUCACCAAGGCUGAAAGAUUGAAAAGACUAGGCUUGUAUUCACUGGAGUUUAGAAGGAUGAGGGGUCGGGAUCUUAUAGAAACAUAUAACAUUAUAAAAGGACUGGACAAGCUAGAUGCAGGAAAAAUGCUCCCAAUGUUGGGCGAGUCCAGAACCAGGGGCCACACACAGUCUUAGAAUAAAGGGGAGGCCAUUUAAGACUGAGGUGAGAAAAAACUUUUUCACCCAGAGAGUUGUGAAUUUGUGGAAUUCCCUGCCACAGAGGGCAGUGGAGGCCAAGUCACUGGAUGGAUUUAAGAGAGAUAGAUUGAGCUCUAGGGGCGAGUGGAGUCAAGGGAUAUGGGGAGAAGGCAGGCACGGGUUAUUGAUAGGGGACGAUCAGCCAUGAUCACAAUGAAUGGCGGUGCUGGCUCGAAGGGCCGAAUGGCCUACUCCUGCACCUAUUUUCUAUCCAAGCUUGAAAGCGUGCAGCACCAGACUCAGGAACAGCUUCUUCCCCUCUGUUUUCAGGCUUCUGAACGGUCCUUCCAUAAGCUAGGGUACUGUCCGAUUCACCUCUACCCCAUUGCGGACAUUGGACUUUGUCUGUGGAACUACAAUGCUGAGACUAUAUCCUGCACUCUGUAUCUUCCCCUUUGCUCCAUCUGUUGGACUGGAGUUUGACUUGAUGGUAUUUAUAUGUAGUGCUAUCUGGUCCAAUGGAUAGCGUGCAAAGCAAAGCCUUCAAUGUGCCUCAGUACACGUGACAUUAAUAAACCUGAACCAUUGUGUGGAAGAACAUCUCCCAGGGCUCAGUUCCAUCUCAGUGUUCCACAUUGGGUUGUCAAUGCAGGGUGAAAGUGAAAGCUGUGAUUCCCAAAGAACCACCUCAUCUGCAUCUGAAAACCCGUCCAACGCCGGCUCUGCCAACAGCAAAUGUCUCGCUCUGAAAUCAGCCUUUGUUCCGAGAAUCUCACAGAACUGUUCCUGCUCCAGGACUGGCACAGAAGAGAUGGCAUCGUGCUUUCCGGUCUAUUGUUGCGAUGUUUUUGUUGGCGCUGCCUCUUGAGCCGAACUGUGCCCCGUACAUGUUAUUGCUGGCAAUACAAACGUUAUUGGAGAUAAAUGUUGACGUUUAGGUUUCCAACUCAAUAUUUUUGUUCAACUCGUGCAAUU